AAAACCAAAGGACACACCAACAACAUCUGUCAUUUUCACAUUUAAAUCUGCGACAACCGUGAUUCAUUAGCAGAUUGGAACUGCAGUGAGUUUUGGCCCCGCGGUCAGUGGGUGGGCAUUUACUGGCAAUCAUUAAUGCUCCUCCCUUACAUUCAAUACACGGUGGGAAUUAAAAAUAGCCUUCUCUGGUAGUAAAGCGGAAUUGUGCACCGCACAGCCGCAGUUGCCCUAGUGUUGGAGGAGGAGUUGGAUGCAAGACUUUCGCGUUCUUGUGGGGAACCCAAGCCAUGUCUGGUUAAAGCAUUGGCGCGCCGACUAGAUUCGUCUUGUUAUCGGGAUUUCGCAUAAAGCUGCAACAUCCCUCAGAUUCUCCUCUCUCUCAAACAUCAAUAAUAUAAAAUGUACUUAUUAAUAAUGUGGAUACCACUAAAAAUGACAAUUUCACUUCUCAUCCUAUCACAGACAGUUACUGCAACCAGCAAGCUGUUUGGGGAGGAUGAUCAGGUCCGAAUGAUAUCCGAGGGCUCUGACUGCCGCUGCAAAUGCAUCAUGCGGCCCCUGACAAAAGAUGCCUGCAGUCGCAUCCGGAAUGGCAGCUUGCGCAUUGAAGACUUCUACACAGUUGAAACUGUCAGCUCUGGGACAGACUGUAAAUGUUCCUGCGUGGCUCCUCCGUCAUCUCUCAACCCUUGUGAAAAUGAGUGGAGAAUGGAAAAGCUCAGGAAACAGGCUCCAGAAUUCUUUAAGUUGCAGUCACUUGUUGACCUACUGGAAGGUACUUUGUAUAGCAUUGACAUGAUGAAAGUUCACUCCUAUAUACGGAAAGUGGCAACACAGAUGAGCAAUCUUGAAGAGACCAUCAAAUCAAACCUGACCAGGGAGAAUGACUUCAUGAAAGAAAGUGUGAAAACCCUUUCGGACCAGAUGAAACGUUAUGAAAACUACUCUGAGAUUAUGCUCGGUGUCAAGAAGGAAAUUUCAAAGCUGGGUCUCCAGUUGCUGCAGAAGGAUGCAGGCGUGGGAGAUAAACAACAGGACACAGCUCCACCAAAGGAUGUAAAGAAACAUGUAAAUAAAGUAGAGAACAAGAAAAAGCCACUCACACGAAAGAUUCCUUCCAAAGUACCAAGAGACAAAGGGAUGAAAACAAAGAAGCCAGCAACAAAAGUAAAACCAGCGGCCUUCCCCAAAGUACCACAGCCCACCAUCAAGGCCAAGCCUGGCAUCCAACAGCCAGGUAUUGUAAAAAGUGUCACCUACUACAAAGCAGGAGGACUCGAAGACACAGGAAAUGGUGGAAAAAAUAGUUCAUCAAGAGGGACGCCUCGUUCCGAGGAUCGGGAGUCAAGAGUGGGAGAGAAGGCUCAGAGUUCUCAUGAAUCUGAGGGAGGUGACAGGAGCACAGAGAAUUUGACCACAGCAUCGCCCCCCAUCUCCAGCAGCCCACCCACCACAGCUGCCCCUGGCACAACUACCGCAGAGGCCAUCAGGGAGCCAAUCCCACGCUCCACCAGGCCAAAUAAAGUCAGGGAAGGUGAGUGUUAUGGGACAUUAUCAAUGAUCGAACCACCUAUCAAACAUCAUAGUUAUGGCCGUAAUGAGGGUGCCUGGAUGAAAGAUCCCGUGGCAAAAGACAACAAGAUCUACGUGACCAACUAUUACUAUGGAAACAACCUAAUAGAAUUCAGAAACCUUGAAAACUUUAAACAAGGACGAUGGAGCAACUUGUACAAACUUCCUUACAACUGGAUUGGAACAGGCCAUGUUGUUUACAAUGGGUCAUUGUAUUACAAUCGGGCUUUUACCCGGAAUAUAAUUAAGUAUAAUAUUAAACAGCGAUUUGUGGAAGCCUGGACACUUCUUCAUGACGUGGUUUAUGAAGACACUACACCAUGGAAAUGGCGAGGACAUUCAGACAUUGACUUUGCUGUUGAUGAGACUGGCCUCUGGGUCAUUUACCCUGCCUCAUAUUAUGAGUACUCCCAGAAUGAAAUAAUUGUCAUCAGUAAACUAGAUCCGAUCGAUCUUUCAAUGAAGAAGGAGACAACAUGGAAAACAGGCCUCAAACGUAAUUCCUAUGGUAACUGCUUUAUCAUCUGUGGUAUUUUGUAUGCAGUAGAUACCUAUAAUGAAAAAGAAGGCCAAGUAUCUUACGCUUAUGAUACUCACACAGACACUGAGAUAAAUCCAAAGUUACCCUUCAUCAACGAGUACACUUAUACCACUCAGAUUGACUACAAUCCUAAAGAGAAAGUUCUGUAUGCAUGGGAUAACGGUCAUCAGGUCAUCUACAAAAUAAUUUUUGCUUACUGAUUUUAUACAGAACCAUGGCCCAUCACAGAGCACUUUUUAUUUGAUAUAUUUUGAUCAUUUAUAAAGAAUGAGUAUUUGCACUUGGGCUGAUAGAGAGGUUUAAAUGGAUGCCAACACUUGUCGUAAAUGAUCAUAAAUAGUAAGUUUAGAAUUUACAUGAUGAUUUGUGACUGAUCAUUCUACACGGGCACAAUGUAGGACACGUAAAUAUACCCCUCCUACCAACUAGUAUUUUGAGCCAAUGGCAAACGUGCAAAGCUUCUCCGGUUGUAUGUCUUCGAGAUGUGCUGCAGGUUAAACCAGCAGACUAAUGUUAUUUCUUCAACUACAUCAAAUUGGCAGACUGCUUUUUUGAAAUACCACCAACAAAGUGUUGCAAAAUUGAGUCAAUAACAUACACACUACACUUUCAUUACAAGUAUAGUGAUUAUAGUCAAAGCAUGUUUGAUUGACCGCCUUUCUUGAAAACACAAAUAAUAUGCAUAAUUUAAAAAUUAAAAGCCCCACUGUGAAUUUUAGAUGCUUCCAUGGCAAUGCAAAAUUGGCCGUGAGAGGGGUUAUAGUCAUUAAUUACAGGGACAACAAGAUUUUUCUUUGCAAUGGGGUCCAGGGGUAAGCUGUAUAUUGAACAACCAAUCUGCUACUGGCCAUACUGCACCCAGCUGAAAUUGAAACUUCAUCUCCUCUGAGUUUGUGUUAGUAUUACUGUGUCAAAAAUUGCACUGUAUAUAUAACCAUGUUUUGCAAUUUGCUGGUUAGUGUGAAACUAGGGCUACUCCUAAAUGCCUCACGUACUGUACUCUACUGCAUUUUGAUUAGAAAAAGUACACAUCAUAUAUCUAUGUAAACAACGUGUAAAUUAUGCAAAUAGACUUUGAUUUAAGGAUUUCCAUAGGAACAAAGAACAGAUUUUAAGUAAUUCAAGAAAUACAAAAUGUAUCUUAUUAUUAGUUAGUUACUUCAGAGUAAUUUUAACAUUCUGGCCUGAACAUUGCAUUUGGCGGGCUGAAAAGAAUCAGGCACAAGCAAGUCAUUUUGCAGGUCAAAGUAAUAUUGCAGUCUGAAAUAUCAAAAGAUGUUAUGAAACAAAUGACUUAAGCUGGGGCAUCUUGCCUUAGCUAUUGCUCAAGUCAUUAUACUCACAAUCCUUUUAAUUCAGUUUUCAAAAAUCCGUAAGCCUGAUGUUUCAGUCGUUGGCUGAAGGAAAUAUUGUAGACCAGUUGAGAACUGGUGUAAUGCCUAUAUAUAUAUAUAUAUACUCCUUACACUGUCAGUGCAUAAUGUUUGUGCUUUGUAUGGAAACCCUUUCGCCUUUAGAAACUGAUAAUACAGCAUUUCACUAAUAAUGUAAUCAAAAGCAGAGCUCAGCCUGUAGAUUUCCUUAUUUACAAAAUGGAAGGGAACGUGGCCAUGAGUGUGAUGAGUUUUAUUUCCCCAAGAACUGAGAACAUGAUUAUAAAGGUACUUUGAUAAAAAAUAAUUCAAAUAUCAAUCAC